AUGUAAAAUAUUCACAGAAUAGAGAAGAAAUAUGAAUAUUAGAAUAUAAUAAUUUUGAUUAUCUAUUAGAGAAUAAUAAAAGACUGUGUAUUUAUGAAAUAUCAAAUCAUUUAAUUAAUAGAGAGCAUAAUAAAAGUAUUAUAACAUCAAUUUAAAAAUAUAUGCAAAAUGCUAUAAAUAACAUUUAUUUUUAUUUAUCUCUUUAAGCUAAUUUUAAGAAUUUCCUUUGUUGAAAUAAACAAUUUAUUGUUUAAAGUAUGCUGA